AAUCAAACCAACGUGCAGGAGUUCAUCCUCCUGGGCUUUCCCGGCACUUGGUAUUUCCGGGUGGCCCUUGCUGUGCUGUUUUCUGUGAUAUACGUCUUAACGAUCCUAGCGAAUAUGUCCAUCAUAGCCCUAGUGAGGACCCACUCACGCCUCCACACCCCCAUGUACUUCUUCCUCUGCAAUCUCUCCUUCCUUGAGAUCUGGUACACCACAGCAUGUAUUCCCAAGGCCAUUGCUGUCAUGUUGGACACAAGCCAAACUAUCUCUUUCACUGUCUGCCUCCUGCAAUUGUUUUUUCUCCUCUCCAUGGGUGCCACAGAAUGUUUUCUCCUGGCUGUCAUGGCCUAUGACCGCUAUCUGGCCAUAUGCCAGCCAUUGCACUACAUCUUCCUCAUGAACAGCACCUUCUUUACUCAGCUGGCACUCCUCUCUUGGCUGUGUGGGUUCCUGUAUGUCUCUGUGCUGGCAGUUCUAAUAUCCAGGUUGUCUUUCUGUGGCCAUAAUGUCAUCAAUCAUUUCAUUUGCGACAUAGAUUCAUGGAUCGUGCUUUCCUGUGCCAAGACGAAUCUCAUUGAGCUGGCAACUUUCAUCGACUCAUUCAUUGUUGUCAUGGUCUCAUGCACAAUAACCCUGGUCUCCUACAUUUUCAUUAUCUCCACCAUCUUGAGAAUCCCUUCAGCCCAAGGCCGGAAAAAGGCCUUUUCCACUUGCUCGGCCCACCUCACUCUUGUGACUAUCUGGUACUGCUCUGGUAUUUUUCUGUAUGUCAAGCCUUCUGCACAGAAAUCGUUGAAUUUGAAUAAAACUAUCAACAUCUUUAACACUAUGGUAACUCCACUACUGAACCCUUUUAUUUACACUCUAAGAAACAAAGAGGUGAAGGAAGCCUUGGGAAAGAUAAUUAGGGGCAUGUAA